UUACUCACCCUGAAACAACCAGACUAACGACAAAUAACACGGUUCAUGGUCGUUACGAUCGUUAAUCGUUCCUGUCUUUACUGUUACACGUUACAGUUUGAUUUAAUUCAUCAUCUUCAUCACUAGUCCCAGUGAAAGUCUCGGUACCAUCAUGGUUCUGUCUUCAGCGAACAAGAUGGCAGUGUUCCAGCUGGUGUUCUCGGACCCCGGCAGGUCCUUCUACAGCAGCGGGGACAAACUGUCCGGCUCCGUGCAGCUGAAGGCGGCUCUGCCCAGCAGGGUGACCGGCCUCAGGGUCACCGCCGCCGGUUGCGCCCGCGUGGACUACCGCGGUGGGAAGAAACACAAGAGCCGCAGCCAGGAGGUGGAGUACCUAAAGUAUGAGGAGGAGCUGCGGCUGGAGGAGAAGCUCACCAGAGACUCCGAUGGCUACUUCCUGCUGCAGCCUGAUCAAACUUACAGCUUCCAGUUCGGCUUUGAGCUUCCUGCAGCUGGGCAUCUGGUGUCGUCCUAUAAAGGCAAGUUCGGUUACGUCCGUUACUAUGUGCGGGCGGUGCUGGACAGGUCCCCUCAGGGUGCUUUGCAAUGUGAGAGGGAGUUUGAGGUCGAGGAGCCGCUGGAUGUGAACCGGCCUGAACUGCUGGCUCCAGCUGCAGCCUCCAAACAGAAGAAAGUCACCUGUAUGUUCAUACCUGACGGCCAGGUGUCCAUCAGCGCUCAGAUCGACAGGAAGGGCUUCUGCGAGGGAGAAGAGAUCAGCAUCAACGCCAAGUUCGAGAACACCACCUCACGUAUUGUCGUGCCGAAGGCCGCCAUCAUCGCCAAACACUCAUACCUUGCAAACAGACGCACCAAGGAGUCGCGUCAGAAACUGUCGGCGGUUCGAGGGAACCACAUCAUCUCGGGGAUGUGUGACAUAUGGCAGGGGAAGACCAUCAGAGUCCCCAAACUGAGGCCGACGCUGCUCGGAUGUGACAUCAUCAAGGUGGACUACGCCCUCAUGAUCUACCUGCACAUCCCCGGCAGCGAGAAACUGAUCCUGGAGCUGCCGUUGGUCAUCGGUACGAUCCCGUUCAGCGGCGUCGGCAGCAGGACCAGCAGCAUGAGCAGCCAGGUCGAGUCUCUGAGCAGCUGGUCGUCCUUCCCCUCAGCACCGCCCAGCUACAGCGACAUCCACAGAGACCUGAGGGUGGACGGGCCCCGCACCCCGCUGCUCCUGGACUACGACGGCGGGGAGGAUGACGAGGAAGAGGGCGGGCUCUUCAUGAGAGCACCUGAAAUGUACCACCUGCCUCCCCCUCCCCCGGCAUACACAGAGGUCGAUCAGGACACCGUUAACCCUCCUCCAGUGGUUCACGUCUUCUAAGGACUUCCUGUCCCUCCGCCACGAUGGACUGAACCCUGAAAACUGAACUGGACUGCAGUGCUCCCUGAUGACGACGAUGACUCGGCAGUUUCCUGACGAUGACUCUGCAUGUUUUGAUACUUUAUUCUGUAGAUAAAAAACAGAGAAAGUGUUUUGUUCUGACGUGUUUUUGAUAUUUGUUGUUACUCAGUUGAAUGUUUGUUUUUUUUACUGAAGAGAAGAACUCAGUUUUGUAUAUGAUGUAAAUAAAAGCAGAUGUUUAUUUUUUUACUCAAACAAUAAAUCAGUUUAACAUCA